UACAGCACCGAACCGAAACUCUAACUCUGUGUGAGAGAAGGAGUAGUGAUAAAGAGAGAGAGAGAGAGAGAGACAAAGAGUGUGAUUCACAAGAACAAGAAGAAAAAAGCUCCUUCAAUUCCCGCAAUUCCAAUGCCUGCCACCACUUGAAUUCUCUGCUCCUUUCCCGUAACUUCAACUUUGCCUUCACUCCCUCUGAUUCUGAAUAUCCAAGAUCCUGGACAAUAAUGCUGUCUCUGAAAAACAUGUUCCAGAGAAAUGCUUGAUCUGGCCUGAAAUCUUCCAUUCUUAGGAUUUUUCAGCUUUGUUUGGGAGGGAAAAUGGCAUCAUGGGAUCAUAUGGGGGAUUUUGCAAAUAUAGCCCAGUUGACUGGGGUGGAUGCUGUGAAGUUGAUUGGGAUGAUUGUGAAAGCUGCAAGCACUGCAAGGAUGCACAAGAAAAACUGCAGGCAAUUUGCACAGCAUUUGAAGUUGAUUGGGAACUUGCUUGAGCAGCUCAAGAUCUCUGAGCUCAAGAGGUACCCGGAGACCAGGGAACCGCUGGAGCAGCUGGAAGAUGCUCUUAGGAGGUCUUAUAUGCUGGUGAAUAGUUGUCAGGACCGGAGCUACCUUUAUUUGAUGGCUAUGGGCUGGAACAUUGUUUAUCAGUUCAGGAAGGCGCAGAAUGAAAUUGACAGAUACCUGCGUCUAGUUCCUCUCAUUACUCUCGUCGACAAUGCUCGAGUCAGGGAGAGACUUGAAGUUAUUGAAAUGGAUCAACGUGAAUACACAUUGGAUGAUGAUGACCAACAGGCACAGACAGUUAUUUUAAAACCUGAACCUGACAAAGAUGACACUGCAAUGCUGAAGAAAACUCUUUCCUGUUCUUACCCCAAUUGUUCUUUCACUGAAGCGCUCAAAAAAGAAAAUGAAAAGCUUAAACUAGAACUACAACGGUCACAAGCAAAUUUGGAUAUGAAUCAGUGUGAAGUCAUUCAACGUUUAUUAGAAGUCACCGAAGUUGCAUCUUAUUCUGUUCCAGAGAAAUGUUCAUCUGAAAAAAGUCAUAAGAAAGAGGAGUACAAUUACUCUGACGCUAAUGGUGAAAAGGUUCAUUCAUCUGAUGAAAAAUACCAUGCAAAAGUUGACACUGUUUCACCAUCGAGAUUUUCUGUUUCACGAAAGGAUCUGCAAUCAAAUGGAGGUUCAUAUCACCAGGAAGAUUGGCACACUGAUUUACUUGCUUGUUGUUCUGAACCUUCUCUUUGUAUGAAGACAUUCUUCUAUCCUUGUGGAACAUUUUCAAAGAUUGCUAGUGUUGCAAAAAACAGACCCAUAUCCUCUGGCGAAGCAUGUAAUGAAUUGAUGGCAUAUUCAUUAAUUUUGUCUUGCUGUUGCUAUACUUGCUGCGUAAGGAGAAAGCUUCGGAAGAUGCUGAACAUCACAGGCGGCUUUGUUGAUGAUUUUCUCUCUCAUUUGAUGUGUUGCUGCUGUGCCCUUGUGCAAGAAUGGAGAGAAGUGGAGAUCCGUGGGGCUAAUGCUUCUGAGAAGACCAGAACAAGCCCUCCAACCUCCCAGUACAUGGAAUCUUAAGUAAGAAAUGAGAUUGUCAUUUGGUUACUUAGAGAUUCAAGGGUCCUUGAACUUGAAGAAAUAUUAAAUAGAGGCUGUUGACUACUGGAAUUCUUGAAGGAGGCAGGAACUAUGUAGUUUGAUUCUUACCGCACCUGGCCUUUAUUUAACUAUGUACAGUAAUUUAUUUCGCUGUACUCAGAAAAAAGUAGCUUCUAGAUUUAGCUGGUGUAUCAUAAACUAAUAUUUUGUUUUCCUGGUUUAAUAUAGUUUGAGUUAAUUUA